AUGCCUCCAAACAAGCCUGGGAGACCCGCAAAAGGCACAUCAAAAGCCAAACCUGUCGCGUUGACAGCAGCAAACGAGCGGCCUCGUCGUGCUGUUCCGGCCGCAAAGUCAACUCCUGCGGUCACUGCCCCCAACAAAACUACCAGAACAGGCAAUAAGCGAGGACGUCCAGCCAAGCAGGCUGCAGUAGAAGAUGAGCCAAAAGCCAAGCGUGGUCGACCUGCCAAGGCGAAAGACGCAGACCAUGAAGAUGCGAAGGUUGCAACAGCGAAGAAAGCUUCCGCUGAGAUUCAAAACAAGAGCGACGCCGCCGCUUCACCAGUAGAUGUUAAGAAACGAGGACGAGGACGCCCACCCAAGGCAGCGAAGGAUAGUGCUCCUGCUGUUCCAAAAUCCGAAACUGCACCGCCCAAGAAACGUGGCCGACCACCAAAGGGAGGCGAGACUACGAAGAUCACCAGUGAUGACUCCGCCGCAGCCGACCAACUCGAGGAGGAACUCCAAGAGAUUGCCGAUGAGCCUGAGGCGGUAGAGGAGGCAGACGAGAGUGCAGCCGAUGGUGCAGCCGAUGAGGAGGCCUUGCGUAAGCACAGAUCUGCCGCCGAACAGACCAGUGUCCGGAACGCUGCGUCCGGGAAGCAAUUUUGGCUGAUGAAAGCUGAGCAGGAGGAUCGGGAGGAAGUGACGAAGAGCGGCAAGACAUUCAACACUAAAUUCACUAUCGACGAUCUCCACGCAAAAGGUGGACCGGAGCCAUGGGAUGGAGUGCGUAACCCUGUGGCCGCUAAGAACAUGCGCGCAAUGCAACAAGGUGACUUAGCGUUCUUCUAUGCAAGUGGUGGAAAAGCUGGCCGAAAGCCAGGAAUCGUUGGCAUCAUGGAAGUUGUCAAAGAACACGAAUCAGAUCCGAGUACCGCCGAUGAUGAGCAUUAUGCAUAUGUCGAGAAGGAAGCAGAUCGUGCGAAGUGGUGUGUAGUACACGUGGAAUUUCGCAAGAAGCUCAGCAAGCCGGUUCUGCUCUCCGAUCUCCAGAAGCACGGCAAGGAUUCCGGAGUACUCAGUAACAUGGACGUGCUCCGAUACUCACGCCUCAGUGUAACCAAGGUGACCGAAGAGGAGUGGAACUUCAUCCAUGAGAACCUGAUUGAAGGAUACGAGAAGGAGGUCGAUGCAUUCCCUGCGUCCUCGGCCGUGCAAGAUGCUGCAAGAGUCGUGCAGAAGACUGCAGUUGCGACGGUCGAUGCGCUGGAAUCAACUCUCACGACUAUCACGGAAGCUGCGACAAACCUCGUCGAGAACGCCGCAUCUAUAUUGUCGCCGGUGCCGACAGCUAGUGCUCUUUGA